AUUUUUAACAACAAUGGAUCAGCUGAAUUUUCUGUGACAACUAAUGAAACUUCUCACAUCACUCCAGAGUAUAUUGGCUCUCAGCUGCUACUGAAAUUGAAGAGAAUGGCAGAAGGCUGUCUUGGCAUCCCCAUUUCAAAGGCAGUCAUCUCUGUGCCUGCAGAGUUUGAUGAAAGGCAACGGAAUUGUACCGUUAAGGCAGCUAACCUUGCAGGGCUAGAAAUUUUGCGAGUAAUUAAUGAACCCACAGCUGCAGCUAUGGCUUAUGGACUCCACAAAGCUGAUGUGUUUAAUGUCCUGGUGGUGGAUUUGGGUGGAGGAACUUUGGAUGUGUCUCUGUUGAACAAGCAGGGAGGGAUGUUCCUCACACGAGCCAUGGCAGGUAACAACAAACUUGGAGGACAAGAUUUUAAUCAGAGGUUGAUGCUGUAUUUAUAUGAUCAGCUCCAUCAAAUGUAUGGUUCUCUGCCAACAAGAAAAGAAGAAAUACAUCGCCUCAGACAGGCUGUGGAAGCAGUUAAACUAAAUUUGACUGUUCAUGAGGCAGCUACGCUAAGGGUGUCGUUGACUAUGCCAGAAAGGACGCUUAGAAAAAAACUUCCAGAAAGUGAGGUAAAAGCAAACACUUUGCCACCAGGGAAGCCUUCACAAAAAACAAAAGAUCUGACAAAUCUUGAAGAUACUUCAAAAGUAGAGAACAACUUUGUCCAGGUUGUGUUUGAAACAGAAAUCUCUAGGAAGCUAUUUGAGAUGUUAAAUGAGGACCUUUUUGAGAAGAUUCUUGUGCCCAUUGAACAGGUGUUGAAGGAAGGCCACCUACACAAAGCGGAAGUGGAUGAAAUUGUCCUAGUUGGAGGCUCCACGCGGAUUCCUCAAAUACGCAAAGUUAUUCAGGAUUUCUUUGGAAAGGAGCCUAACACCUCUGUAGAUCCUGAUCUAGCAGUUGUAAUGGGCGUAGCUCUCCAAGCAGGAAUUGUUGGUGGGUCCUGGCCUCUGCAAGUCAGUGCUAUAGAAAUCCCUAAUAAGAAUUUACGGAAGACUAAUUUUAACUGA